AUGCCUCACCAAUGGGAACUGCGCUCUAGGAAGCCAAAGCAACUAACAGACGAAGGUCAAGCUGACGAGCAAGAAAGAAAUCUUGACGGCUACAAGAUUCCAUAUCUCAAGAUCCCGGUGAAUUAUAGCGAGUUGAAUGAACUGAUUAUUCGCGCGAACCUUUACGGCAAGACGAUCCACGACAUGAUCCAGGAGGCCAUGUUUUCAGGAUCCAAGGUCUCAGAUUUGCAGUAUGUAAUGUUUAGAUCUGUUGCUGAGCCCUACAUUCCCUCCACAAAGCUCGAUACGCGCUUGUCUAUAUACGGUCUCGAGAGAGUCUGGGGCCUCACCAAGAAGAUUGUCGGUAAAUCCGCAAAAUUCAUGAACUUGAUCAUUAUCGUGAGAGAGAACAUCGAUGUCAGCACGCUUAAUGAGAGGAUUGAGAUAUGGCCUGGAGCAUUUAAGCCAAUACGUGAGCUUCGCGAGCAGAUAUUCGGGAUUGGAGCCGCUCGCCAGCCGCGAAGACGCCCUGCCAAAAGAAAGCACCAGGAGAUGUCUAAUUUCUCGGAGGCCAGUGAGUAUCCACCAGACGCAGAGGACGAGUCUCCCGUGAAUGCGGCUUUGAUACUGUCUCUGCAAUCCUUGACGUCUCUAGUCGAGGAGGCUAAAGUUCAAUGGGUCCUGAAUCAUUUCGAAUUCAACCCAACCUUCAAGUCUGUCGCAUUCACGACAAUGACAGACGGCGGUCUUCGACACAUAAGCACUCACAAGAUCGAAGAUAUUUUCAGAGGCCAAGAAAAUGGUCAGAGCCAAGGCGCGGAUUGCGAUACAGAAGCAGGAAACGGCCGAAAUGGUCGGCUGGCUGUCGGAAAACGGCACUCACCGGCCCCAGUUCAAUAG